AAGCGGGAAUCCUUUACAUGCAAUGUCGUAGUUAGACAUGAAGAAAGACAUGAACUUCUGGGGAGCAUAUUUUCUAACGCCAAACGUGUGAGCCUUUCUAGCGAGGUCUAUAAAGUCAUGCUCACCCUUGGAAAAUUUCUAAAUCCCAUCUAAUCCCAAAAAGGUGAUUACGAUGAUUUGGUAUAAGGGUUUGAUUAUAAAAUCUUGGAUUGGCUAAUCUAUAAUCUAAAACAAAUAUGGCGGAUUCAACUCUCGUCUUUCGUCUUUCAAAAAUUUUAAUUGACGAUAUAUUUUCUUACAUGGAACAACAGAAUGUUUUCUGUUAGGAUUGUAGAUGCAGAUUUUUACGUGGGAAAACCUAUAGAUGGCUUAGACAUUUUGUUUUCUAAAUUUCAUGAGGCGAAUGUUAACCGUGUUCCUGUUUUGAGGAUAUUUGGCUCAACUCCUGGUGGACAGAAAACUUGUGUUCAUAUUCAUCAAGUAUUUCCUUACUUAUACAUACCUUACGAUGGAACUAAACCCACAGAUAAAUAUCUGAAACAAUUUACGACAAGUGUAGACUUUGCUGUUCAAGUUGCGUUUGGUAGAACAUCAUCUUCUAUGAAAUAUGUUCAUAAAACUGAAAUUGUUAAGAAAAUACCAUUUUAUGGUUAUCAUGAGAACGAAGAAGAGUUUAUUAAGAUGGAGUUGUACAAUCCAAGAAUAAUUCCCAAACUUGUUGAUCUUCUUCAGAAUGGAGCUAUAUUGAACAAGUCAUUUCAACCACACGAAGCUCAUGUUCCUUAUAUUCUACAGUUUCUAAUUGAUUACAAUCUUUAUGGUAUGAACUUACUUCAUGUAAGAAAAGUUCAUUUUAGAGGAAUUUCUUCAAAAACAGAUAAAAAUCUUUCAUAUAAUAAUAAAUCAAUUCCACUUCAUGGUUCAUCUCCAAAUUCAUUUCUCAAUUUUCCUUCAUCUCAACACUGGAAUGAAGACACUAUUCCUAGAAAUUUAUGCCUGGAUCCUACUGUGAACAAAGUCAGUCGUUGUGAACUUGAAGUUGAUGUAAUUGCUGAAGACAUCUUGAAUCAAAUAAAUGUUGAAAGUUGUGUUGGUCAUAAUCCUGGUACAACUGCUAUGUGGGAAGAUGAAAGACAACGAAGACGAGAUAUUGGACUAUCUUUACAAGUUGCUCUUCCUGUUUCACAAGGUAGUGAUGAUGAACAUGAUGAAGAUAUUGAUGAAGAUAAAGAAUCAAUAUUAAUGUCACAGCCAUUUUGGAAAGAUGAUGAAGAGGAACAUGAUUCCCAAAGUUCGGAGGAUGAAGAGGAAGUGGACUGGAAAGAACCUUUACGUAUGCCUUAAGUGGAUGGCACGCGUGUCUGGGUGUAAGAUUUGGCUUUAAUUAUUUGCUUCAGGCAGAAAGUUCUCUCUCGUCCUAAAUGUACAGCAGCCGUUCGACAAACAUCAUUUAGUAAAGAUGGAAGGUAAAUUUUACAUGUUACGUUUCAUCUCACGGGAACAAUUUCUUUGUUUACCCAUGUAAAAUUAUUGUUUUUUGAACAUUUUUCAAAGUCAAGGAAAGCAUGUGAAAAGAACAUAGAUAACAUUUUCAUAAUGAUAAAAUAACAUGUUUUUCUCAUUAAAACUUUCACUUUGCGAAGAUA